GUGACAAAGUGUGUCUUUACUCGGAACUGCUCAAGAGAACUUCUCGCCUUAAAUUUGUUAAAAUUAAGUUAAGUCAGUCGUAUUGACAUGUCGAUUAGGCGUAAGGCGUAAGCCUAUAUACUAUAUAGCCUAUGCCUAUAUUCUAUAAAGAAAGUUAAUUUAGUUUUUUCUAUUCAAAUUAUUUAAUCAGAAUGAGCAUGCUUUGUUGACUUUACUUGGGGUCACCAACCUUUUUUCAUCGCGGGUAGUAUAUCGGCCAAAAUGACGAGUGCGAGCCGUAUAAUCAUUCACAUUCAGUACAAUACUUGCAAGCCAGAACGAAAGCUCUGGGAAAAAGACGAAAACUAAGUUUAGCAAUUCAUCUUAGUCAUGGUUGAAUGGCGUGCAAUGUACAAAAAACAAAGACAACCAACAUAUCUUAUCUAUUCACUAAGUUAUCAAAGAGGGCAACGUUAGCAAAAACAUAGUUACAUCAGACCUAGUGGGCACAUAUUCGAAUCAAACAAAGCAGCUAAAAAAGGUUAGCGAGAUUUGUGAAAGUGACGUUUGGCUUUCAAGAUAUCAUCGUUUGGUUUGGAAAUGCUGCAUCCCAUCAAGAGAAUUGUUUUUAAAUGAUCAUCCGUCACUCUUGUUCGAUGUGUUGACUUCACACACUUAUUUUUUUAAAAUGUUUGCUAACAGACAUAAGUUGUUCCAAACAAUUAUGCCACACCAGCAGCAAAGUUCUUCAGUUUCAACAACCCAACAUCAGGAAGGCAGUGGUAAAAUUUGACAAGUUUUCUUUCUCUGUGCUUCUCUUUCAACAAGUCAUUUGCUUGCUUAUCAAUGAGCUCCAAUUGUAGUUCAACUGGUGCAUCAUCAAGGCUACAAUCAAACUUUGACAGCCAGGUAGUAUCUGACAGCCAGUUAGGAUCUGAAAGCUUUUGAUCAGCUAUAUCUUUUUCAGUGAGAAAAACAUCUAUUUCCUGUCAGAGCUUACAGAAACAAAACAGACUUUUACCGCAGCUUAGCCUCCUCGCGGCUGUGUGAUAAGGCAAGUCACAUAGUUCAGAAUCAAUUUCUUCAAGAAAAUUCUGGAUCUGACAGUGAUUAAGUGCAUCGCCCUGAAUGAAGUGCAUAGCAGAAACAACUGGUUUCAGUAUAUAAGAAACAUUUAAGUCUUUUCUACAGAGUGCUUGCUGAUGUAUGAUGCAGUGUAUGAACAGAGUGCCCGGAACUUGCAAAUCUUUCAACUGAGUCCUGAUCUGCCCCACCAGACCUUUCCUCACGCCAGCCAUGUUUUUCCGCCAUCAACUGUAACACAUCAAAACUGAUGCCACUGAAGGUUAUAGUUAUAGUGUGCAAAAGUUUUUACGCUUCCAUGAAAAUGCAUUUUCUAGUUGUUCCAUGCAUGGAUGUCAACUCUUCUGUUAUCUGAAAGUCCAAAUCGACUCAUCCAGUGCCAGAGAAUACCAAAUCCAAGUUCCAAGCUUUCUGACGAACUGUAGCACUACAUUCUCUCCAAGUUCUUGUGUUCUCCACACAACCGAACUUGCCGAAAGGCUUGUGGUUCCAACCGCGGCGAGUAUGAUUUUUAAUGCCCCCAUAUGUUUCCAAAAGUCCUUUUCUUUCACCCAUUUACAGUUUGUGGUGGUUAUCAGAAUUUAGUAUAUUGGUGGGAAUAUGCUUAAUGGAUAUUGAUUCUUAUUUUAUUAUUUUUUUAAAACCAGCUUUCCUAUUAAAAAAAAAUCAAGUUAAUUGGUAGGUUUUUUUAAAAUGAUUUCAUCAUUUUUAAAAUAAUUAUUAUAGAAUUAUAGUUUGUUUUAUGCUGAUCUGACUUCGAGUUUGAACCUUGUUACAUUUCACUAGUAACUUUAUUUUUACCAGUGAUAGACUGUGAUAAUGUGAUUUGUACGUCCACUAAAUAUAAAUUAAUAUCUUUAGCAAAUACACGUCACCAAAAAAAAAAAAAAAAGGACAGCAGAUUGCAAUAUAGACGUCAGUCAUCUUCUUUAGACAUUAAAUUUUUCUAAGCCAGCUUAACUCGAUCCCACUAGGUACUGCGAUUCGAUUAGUUAUUGUAUUCAUUAUAUAUAAACUGAAGGUUUACUUAUUUACUAUUAAGAUGCCGUAUUGUACGAUUUUGAGGCAAUAUUGUAUGAUUUUAGGAGCUUGAGGGUAUACAGGUCUGCAAUAAGCAAAUAAAUCUAGAGACAAUGAUUUAGAAUUGAAAACAAUAAAUUUAAGGCGCAUAGAUGCCAGAAGGUCUCCGCUCGUGUGAAGAUCUCUUAGUAUUCUAAACAUAAUAUUAAAAUUUUAAUUGUAUCACGUCUCAUGUUCCAUACACUUUGUCAAACAAAUUCAAGUACCGUCGGCGGCCUCAUGAACUGAUGUCGCUGGCCAUAUCCGGCCCGCUGGCCAUAGUUUGGUGACCCCUGACUUAGACUAACUUUGACUUUGGUUGAACCAAAUGACAUUGAUGAAUGACAGUAUUAUUAUAAUACUGAUACUUUGAAAAUGUGAAACUGAGUUGAAAUUCUGAUUCUUAAAAAUUAAAUAGAGACUAUAAUAAUAAUAAUAUGAUAUAUGUAAAAGAUUAUGAAUAUGAUUAAAUUAUGAUGACUGUCACAAUCAUAGACCCUUGGUUAUAAGUUGAUCAACCAUUUUUUAGUUAAUUAUUUGACAUAAUAUUAAAUGAAAAAUUUCAGUUUUGGAAAAACUAUGGUUAUACUUUUAUUUAAAUGGAUUUAAUUAAGAUUUUAGUGAUUUUUUUAUUAUUAUCUUACUUAAAUGUAAAACAUUAUGUUAAAAUCCAAUUUAAAUCCCAAACAUUUAUUUAAAUAACAUACACUUAUACUUAUAGACUAAAUAUUAUGUUUAAUCUUUAUUUAUAAAAAUUAUUAAACUUAAAAAUCUUUAAAAAAUCCUUAAAAAAUUUAAAUUUAAAUAGAUCUGACUGAUAUCAUUACAUAAUAUUCCGUUUAAAUUAAAAAAUUCCUAUUUAAAUUUAAAAAAAAAAUUGAUUUAAAUACCAUUAUUUACUUAAUUAUGUUUAACCUUUAAAAAUAUUAAUUUACUUCAAAAUAAACAAUGGUCAAUGGUUAAAAAAAAAGAGAGAAAAAAAUCAAGUUCAAGAAACAAACCAGAUUUAAAUUUUAAAAAUGAGGUUUAAAUUUAAAAAAUUCAAUUUAAAUAUGUUAUACUUAAUCUUUAUAAGCCUUAUAAGCACUAACAUUCUUCAAAAUCUAAAGAAAUUCUUUUAAAAAUGAUGUAAAGAUUCAGUUUACAUUAUUUAAAACCUAUUACAAUUAAAUAAAUCAGAUAAACAAAAAAAAAAAUCUUGAUUUUUGUCAACCCUGACUCCCCAGGUAGAUAAGAUUAGAAUUUAGAUGUCCCCAGUCAAAGUCAAAUUGUUAAUAUUAUUUUUUUUUUCAAAGUAUAUUCUCCAGUUUGGGUACAAUCAAAUCAAUUGAUAAUUAAGAUUAUAGUUAGUGAGUAAGCCUACUAUGUCUGAUGUUCAACCAAAUGUAGCCCAGUGAAUAACCAAAAUAACCAAUUUUGAGGAGGAGGUAAAUGAUAUCCUGACUAAAAAACAUUAUCCACAAAGACGGAAACAAUAUAAUUUAAAUAGUGUUUUUUGGUCACAAUUUAUUAGUGAUUUGUAUCAUAUGCUGGGAAACUGAAAAUAUUAAAUAUUUGUCUACAAAAUAAGCAGACUAGGUCACUCAAUUAACAUAAAACAAAAGUUACAAGCUAUUUGAUUGAUUGCUCUUAGGGAACUCCACUAGUAUGUGUCAAAGUUCAAAUACUCUUGAAAAGACUUGUCCUCUCAAUAACAUAAUCAUAGACAGCCACAUUUUUACUGACUGGCAACAGCCACAUUUUUACUGACUGGCAAGCAGUAUGUUUAUCAUCAUUUUGAGGAGCUGUUCUCUAGAUUGUGAUGGUCAGAAAAAAAAUGCUUGAACUCAAGGGUCAUACAAUCUAAUAUUUAGCAAAAAGCUUAGAGAAGCAAAAACACCACCAGCAUCCGGGGUAGAUGGGACUUCUUGUUAAUCUUGGAUGGCAACUAAGAGAAUGAAAACUGAAGUAAAACCCUUUUGCCAUAUGACAUUGACUUAAUGAAAAUUCUUGCAAUUCCUGUUAUGCUUAUCCUCCGAAAGAAAAAUCACAGGCCAUGUGUUUUUAUCUUGCCGAAAGCUACAUCACUGCCAUGUUGUGACAGAUGCCCAAAAAAAAAAAUAUAUCCAUUUAGCGUGAUUUUGAUUUACUCAUAAAAUAUUAUCAUGAUAUUAUUGUUCUUGAUUUCUUAUUCAUUUGGGCCAUUGAGUAUUUUGACAUGUGAUUUCUGAUAUUCUUGAAAUGAGCAAUUAUUUUCACAAUUAAAAAUUACAGAAACUACUCAAAUAGCAGGAAGUGUUACAAUGUUUGCAAGAUGCCAAAGCCUAAAGAUGGAAAACAAAAGGUACCAGCGGUAGUAAAUAAAAAAUUAUUAUGUAUUAUUUCAUUCUAUGUUUGCAUACUAAUCAGAUUUAUUUUUCUCUAAAAUCAUUUUAGUCUUUCAAAUAUUUGGGAUGAAGAAAGGUGUAGAAAACUUGUGACAUGUUAUAAGGAAUUGAAAGCACUGGAGAUAAUAGAAUUAAACAAUUAGUAUUAUUUCUUAUAGGGGCGGCCCAUGCUUUAUUAUUGUUCUUUUUAUUAUAUUUAUUCUUGUUGAUUGCUCUACCAGCACUUUGAUUUUUGUCUGAUGCUUUAUUUUCAAAAUAUAUAUUAUACAAAUAUAUAUUAUAUUUACAUCCUUUUUGUGUGUGCUUUGUCCCAAUAAUAGAAAAUAACAGGCUCAGGAGCUGAAGGUGGAGCUACAGGACCAAAUAGCACAAGUAAUCCUGUCAUUUUACAAUCUGAUAAUUCCAUAGCUAUCAGAAUUCUGGCAAAACCUGGUGCUAAACAGAAUGGCAUCACAGGUAAGUCUCUUGAUGGAUGGUCACAGCUUGGCUCAUUUACUUCAUGUGAUUCACUCACAUCGUUUGGGAUUCAAUAUUAGUAAAGUUUUUCCAUCAUAAAAAUAUUAUAUUGAUAAAAGAAAUACUAUAUCAUUUCAUAUUACAUUCUCUCCUCCUCCCCCCCCCCCCCCUCCCAUCUUUACCAUACAGUUCUAAAAAUAAAAAAACUAUAUAAAUAAAUUCAGAUUAAAUUAAAUUAUAUAAAAGAAAUGAAAAAAAAACCCCUCAUCUCUAUAACGUAAUCAUUUCAUGGUAGUUGCACCUGUGUGAUAACCUAUUUCUUAAAAUUUCAUACGCGACUUUUGCCUCUAUAUUUUAUCCAGUCGAUGCAUUGCUGCAGUAAAUCUACCAACUUAAUGUAAUAACUUGAUGCACACAAAAACCACCUUCAUCAAAUUAUCAUGUUCUUCAAAAGUGAAAAGAAAUAAGGCUGUAAUCAUGAUAAUGAAUUAUUUUUUAUGUUCAGUUUAACCUUUUCCACUACAUUUUAAUACAGUAAUAUUGAAAUACAUUUCUUAAGACCUAUUGCAAUAAAUUGUAUUCUAGAAGUCCUAGGGAAACUGUUAAUGCAAUGUUCUCCAUAACUAGGUCAAGAAGAAAAGUUAGAUAUUGGUAUGUUUGUAAUAUCAAGAAGUCAAGAGAAUAAGAUAGGCUUUGAUAUGUUUUUUUAACAUACAUAUAGGUCAAGAGGAUAAUUAAGACAUUGGUAUAGUUGUAUUAUCAUACAUAUUGGUCUUUAGCAGAAUGUGACAAUUAAUUAAUGUAAAGCAUUGUUCUCCUUCAUUAAGGUUUAACAAGUGAAGGAGUUGGUGUUCAGAUUUCAGCACCACCUGUGGAGGGAGAGGCUAAUACCGAGCUUGUGAAAUACAUAUCUAAAGUACUGGGAGUCAGGAAGUCAGAUCUUCAGUUGGAUAAGGUAUUUUAA